AAGGUCGGAGAAGAAGCCAGCAGCGUGAGAGCCAGCAGCCCGACAAGAUGUCUGCCAGCAUUGAAGAGAUGCUAGCCCGCAUCAGGGCAGAAGCUGAGAAGAGGGGAGACGAGUGGCUUCGCCAGCUUCUACCCAGCCAGCAGGACCAACCCCCCACAACACCUACCAGGAGGUCCCGAAGAUCCCGGCCGCCCAGCAGGCUCAGCCCAUCGCCACCAACGCGCAGGAGGAGGCCCGCAUCCCCGAGCCCGCAGCCACCCACCAGCGGGAGCCCGGGACUGCAGAGAGCCACCAGACGCAGCAGGAUCCCAGCCGGAACCCCCCCUUCGGGCCGCCAGGAGCCAGCCACCCCCACAGGCGGAGCACGGAGCGGAGGAUCCAGCGCCCGCCGCAGAAGCAGAGGACCCGGCGCGGCCGGCGAGGACCACGUGGAGGAGGCAUCCGAGGCAGAGGCAGGCGCCCCAGGGAGGACCAGCACCCCAGGAACGUCCAGGCGGCUCCGCGGUCAGGCAAGUACUGGGCCGGGUGGGAGCCAGGAGGGCAGAAGCGCUACACGCGCCGGGCAGGGAGACGCGCCUGGGCCUCGGGAGGGGGGAGGGGCCAGAAGGCGGGGCCAGGAAACGCGCAUGGCGGGCGCGCCGAUGCAGGGGGGGGCCCCGGCAGUCAGCUUUACCCCAGAGAGGGUUGGGGGCACAGCGACAGCCCAGACAGCGUGGGGCACUGCUCCACAGGCGGCAGGCACAACAGAGGGCGGGCUAGGAGCGGGCGGGCCCGCGACAGGGGGGGCCUGGGCCUACAGCCACGACCCAGACACAAGGGGGGGAACAACAGCGGCCCAGGCUGCAUGGGGCAGGCCUGGGGCAGACACAGCAGCAAACAGCUGGGGAGCGGGUGGGCCGGCCGGCGCCACCCAGGGGGGCCCAACACCAGCGGGUUUGCCCGGAUGCGGGCCUCCUAACCCAUCACGGCCAGCAGGAGUGGGCCUGGGGCAAGCAACAGGGGACAUGAUGGAGGGCACGCGGGCAGUACCCUGUAAUGCCGCGGCGGGGUGGGAGGGAACAACGGCUGCACCCACCGUGGCGGCCCAGGGCAUGCCCCCCCCCGCUUUGUAUUCCGCAGGUGUACAGGUCAGAGAGCGGAGGAGCAGCCACAGCACAGCAUCCGCGGGGGACAUCACAGGAAACCACAGGCCGGGACAGCACGAUCUCCAGCCACAACGACAGCGCAGUGGGACAGAUUCCGAUCUCUAGCGCCAGAAGCGGAACAGGAGGGAGAGCGAUGCCCAGACAUCGUUUGGAGAGUGGUAUCUCAGGUAUGAUAGAAUGGGUCAGGAGGUCAGUAGCACCGACCACCUGGAGCUCCUACAACAGAAUAUGGAAGGAAUGGUUCCAACUAGAACAGGAAAUGGGAUCAGAGACUGAGUUAGAUCGACUUGGGCUCCUGGCUUGGCAGCUGUCCAAGGAUUUCAGCGACAAUGUAUCAGCCAGCGCAGUCGAAAAAAAAUUGGCAGCCCUAGCAUUUUUAUUCAAACUCCGGGGCUGGGCGGAUCUCACCAAGGAGUUUGCGAUCAAACAGGCAGUAAAAGGCUUCAAAAAGGGGAGGAGGCCCAUAGACCACAGGCGGCCGAUUACUUUCAAUAUCUUGGGGGGCCUAUUCAAUCAACUGGGGGAGUUGGCUAACUCGCCCUUUGAACUGGUAUUGUUUAGACUGGCAUUCUCAUGGGCCUUCUUUGGCGCAUUUCGAAUAUCAGAGCUGGUAAGUCACAACAAAGCGGGGGGCGGGGGGAUUUUGAGGCAGGACGUCAGCAGGUUAGAUGGGAGCGUGGCCAUUAUGCUUAGAGACUCCAAGACAGACAAAAAAGGGACGGGAUUCAGGGUAGAGCUAUUUGGGAUCGAAGGACAUCAUACCUGCCCAGUCAGAUGCUUUGACAAUUACGUUAGGGUCAGGCCUGACCACCAGGGCAGUUUACUGGUUCAUCAAGAUGGGGCUUCACUAUCUCGAUACCAAUUCAUUGCUGUACUCAAGAAGGCACUGCAAGGGUUGCACCUUGCCGCGAAGGAGUAUGGGAGCCACUCCUUCAGGAUCGGGGCCGCUACAGAAGCAGCGAGGUGGGGCCUCGGGGCAGAUGUAAUUAGGAAAAUUGGCAGAUGGGAGUCAAACAGGUUCCAGACUUAUGUUAGACCCAAUAGAGUUGAGCGUUAAAAAAAAAAAAAAAAAAAA